AUGUUCCAGCUUGUCCAACGUAACGAUGAGGCGGCGGAUAUUGAGCAGUUUCGAACUCUCCAUCGCCGUCUGUUUCGUAUACAGCACGAGUUGUUAAAAACUGAGGCUCUGGAUGAGGAUGACGGACGCAAGCGUAAAAUCUCUGCCACUUGGCACCAGAAGCAGCAGCAAGCGCGAACGAAUAAGCUGCAGAACGAUGGACAGUGGCCUCCAUCAGCUAGUACAAAUACAAUGGUGCAAUUUAAUGCCUUCAACAAUGCUACUUUGUCCAAAACGUUCGACCGGGAGCCGUGCGAUGCAGUGUCCAGCGCUACGCAGCACAUGGCCGACGUGGCCAACCAAGUGGCUUCCAUGGGGUUUCAAUUCACUAGUACAUGGCUGCCGACGGAUGGGCCUAUUCCGCAUUACAUGGCGUGGUGA